GCGUUGCCCCGGUAGCCUUGAAGUGGUCGAACAAACCCAGCCUGCUUCACUUCACUAGACCUUCUCAACUGCUGACCGCAAAAGCCGAAGACGGCGAAUGAUUCCAUGAAAGAUAAAACAUGAGUCGGUCGCCAUCUACGGUAGUCGCCAGUCGCAGAAGUAUGAAGUUUUUAAAGUUGUCCGAAUGAGUUUUAUAGAUCGUUAUUCUUCAGCUUUUUCAUAUGUAUUCAACAUCGUGUCGUUCAUUCGAGCUGCGCGGAGACCAGUUCUGUCCUCAGCGAAGAGCACCACCGUCAAGAGAAUUUCCCCUAUUACAAUUGGCCGAGCUGGUUCCCGCCAUGGCAUGCAGUUUUGUCACCACCUCCUACAUCGUCGAAGCCGAAGCAGUGCUAGAUACACUUUCCCUACACGCCGACUCUUCUCCCCGAAAAUUGGCCCGCUUAAUACAGACCAGAUUCCUCAGAUACGUACCGCCGGGGCUGGCGCUCGGCUCUUGCCUGGUGCUAGGGUGCUGUCUAUCCUCGUACGUCCACCGGCGGCGGGACCAUGACCCGUAUCAAGCGAUGGUGUUUAUGACCUGGAUCGCCUGGGCCAUCUGCAUUGGCUGGGGGGUAGAGGCAAGCGCUAACUUAGUCACGCUGGGAAUCGUGCCGUGGGUGUCGUGCGCAGCCAUGGUCAGCAGCUACUGUGCCCACGCCGGAGCGCGCUGGCUAUCGGCCAAGGAAAAAGGGGAGUGCUGGAGCACCCUGACCAUAACGGAUGAACAAAGAAUCAUGUUCGGGACGUAGGAACUGGAAAGCUCAUGGGGAGCAGCCUCCAAACGCUCUGCGACAUGCUAUUACUUUGCGGAUCUGUCUAACCGGCUACCCAAUCCUAGAGGCAGACACUCUGAGUACAUUAAGCGAUACCUAAUCUCUCCCAUCUUUGGGGUUGAGACGCCAUGCCGGAUUUUUGUUCACAUUACCCUAACUAAAAUGAUAAAAACCACCAAUACAUUCGAGUAUUUCUCGAGCAAUAAGGGGGCAUGGCAUUGUGUCGGUACACGGGAGAGGGGAGCCAGGGGUAAUCGAAAUAAAAAAGAA